UUGUAUACCACAGAGCGCUUCGAUCGGGCUCGAGAAAGCAUGAUUCCCGUGAUCGAGAGGUGUCGCGGGUUGAAAGUGUUUGUGAUUCUCUUGGCUAGCAUAAGCAUAGACCCCACGAUCAUCUGUGGAUAUUUAACGAGCGAAUGUGCGAGAGCAACGACGCUUAGCGCAAUACAGCAUAGAUUCUCUCCGCAUAUGAUGAGGGAGUCUUGCGGGGAUGGAUACGGCAUAGUCAAUGACGCGAAUCUAUUUAACAUGAACCAGAAGUUUGCGUAA